GGUCAGUUCUUUUUAGUCUACCUGAGAUGACGACCUCUUCACAUUGCUGUUUGAAUGACAAUGAGUGAUAUAAUUUUUGUUUUUAGUUUAUAUAUUUCAAAGUACAAGAACGUUUUUAUUUGUUAAAGUAUACAGUUUAUUGUGCUCAAGAUUAACCAGCGAUUUCGGAAAAUAUGCAAAUUUUGUCGAAAAUGGAUAAUUUAAAUUCGUUUAGAACCAACAUUUACGUUAAAUAUCGCAACAGAUUGGGCUCUGAUUUUGGACACAGGGUCAAUCAAUAUUCCAGCAAAGUUUGAGCUCAAUGCGAGGAUAAGAUUUAUAUGAUUCUGACGGAAUUUAGAAACUAUGAAAGUUUUUCUCUUACUGGCUUUUGCGCUGGUGUCGGUUACCAGUGCAGCUCGCUUAGAAGAAGUUCUAGCAUGGAAACAAAUUGAUUACGUUUGGCCAAGUGCAGAAGCAAAAGAAGCAGCUAUCAAAAGUGGCAAAUUUCUACAAAUUCACAAUUUACCACUAGGAUUGGACAGGUGGAGAGAUAAACUUUUUGUUACUGUACCCAGAUGGAAGUCUGGUGUCGCUUCCACAUUGAAUUACGUCAACUUAACUGAAGCUUUGGAUAACAAAUCUCCUGAUUUGGUGCCUUAUCCAAAUUGGGAGGCUAACAAAUUGCCUUCUUCUGGCCAAGGAGAUGACACAACUCCUAGUUCUGGCGAAAGUUCAUCUAAUGGUCUCGUCGAUAAUUCAACAAUUAUUUCGACCUUCAGGGUGCGCGUGGAUGAAUGCGAUAGAUUGUGGGUGAUGGACUGUGGACUCGUUGACAUUUUAGGUACUCCAAAAGUGUAUGCUAAACCAGCUCUUUUGAUUUUUGAUCUGCACACGGAUCAACUAAUCAAAAGAUACACUUUUGAACCAACGGAUCUUAAAGAAGACAGUUUCUUUGCUAAUGUGGUUGUAGAUGUUCGUCCCGAUGCUUGCGAGGAUGCAUUUGCUUAUAUUCCUGAUUUGGGAGCCUAUGGAGUAGUAGUUUACUCCUUCCGUGACGAUGACUCUUGGCGAGUUUCCCACAACUAUUUCCAUUUCGAACCACUUGCCGGGGAAUACGAUAUUGCUGGUGUUCAAUUCCAGUGGACAGAUGGAGUUUUUGGUAUUGCUCUGUCCAAACACCAACCAGAUGGUUACCGUACAGCUUACUUCCACGCAAUGUCUAGUACAAAAGAGUUUGCUGUUUCUACCAGAUUAUUGCAAAAUUCAACCUGGGCCCACAGCCCUGAAGCUUAUCAUGAAUUUAAGCUUGUUGGUGACCGAGGACCAAAAGGACAGAGCUCAGCAAGUUUUCUUCACGAGAACUCAGGAGUACUAUUCUACACUCAAGUUAACAAAGAUGGAAUAGCGUGCUGGAACUCUGGAAAACCAUAUAAUGAGUUCACACAAGGAGUUGUUGCACAAGAUCCUUAUAAAUUAGUUUUUCCAAACGAUUUAAAGGUCGACUAUGAAGAUAAUGUGUGGGUGCUUUCGGACAGGAUGCCUUUAUUCAUUUACAGGGAUAUCAAUCCGGCUGAAGUAAAUUAUAGAAUAUUAAAAGUUUCUGUAAAAGAUGCAGUUGUUGGCACACCGUGUGCAUAAAUAUGAGUUUAUAUAUAAAUAAUUAUUACAGCAUGUUAGAUCAAACAUUAGAACAUUUUCAAGACCAAAUCAAGACAUGUAAAGAUGUACGUAUUAUAACAAAACCACAAAAUAUCAUCACAAUGUAGAUUCACAACCUUCAUCUAUAAUUCAUUAUUCAA